AGUUCAAUAUUCAAGUUCAAUGUGUUAGUGAAAAAUGUGGCCGAACGCUUUUCCGGCAUUAUGUAUCUUUAUUUCUCACUUUUCCCUUAUUUAAUUGUAAGUGCAGCUCAAAGUCAGUACAAUUAAGAGAGCAUGGUUUAUAAGAAGAAUUUAUCAUAUUUACUUUUAUGUAAUUUGUUUUGCACCUUGAUCAAAGUGUAUCUGGUAGUUCAACUGUAAGAGGAGCUGCAGAAGACUAUUGUCAAGCAUAAUCGUAUGCUGUGGGCAGUGACUAAUAAUUAAGUCUGAAUAAGGAAGUCUGAAACUUUGGCACCGAAUACUAUGGAUCCUGUAGAGCCUUUAAUCGUCACCAUUAAAGAUGAACCAUCAUCCCCUGAAGAAAUUGUCUUCCAAAAUGAAGAAUAUUCUCAUGAUCCAGUAAAUGAGAACAACACUGCUGCUGAUGCUUCUUCGCCGUACUUUAGAGUUGAACCAGGAGAGACACAUAAGCGAACCGCAGAAGCCACAACUUUUUCACCUCAUAAGCUACCAAAAUUUGAGUCUGAAACUUUUGGAGCAGGCCCUUCACGAGUUGAGUUCUCCAAUGACACGAGUGACACCGGAAUAUACCCUACAACAAAAAAUUAUUCUGCAGAUCCAGAAGUAGAAGAUAAGAAGGAAGGAAAUAAGACCUCAUCAAGUGAAGCAAGUUGGCCGUCAGAUGAAACGGGUGAUGAAAGUGAAGAAGAGGUAGAAGAUGUUAAGAAUUCAGCUGAGGCUGUUACACUCACCACCGAUGGAUCCUUUUUCAAACUUGUUGCCAACGAGUGUACAGAUACAUCCAUCGUCGCUCUUUGUGUCAUGUGUCAACCCACCUAUGUCCGAGUGAACGGCUCUCCGGAAUCAACAGAACGUUUUCGAGCUCAUUUACUAUUGUCUCAUGGAAAGUACGUCUUGGGCCAAUAUGAUCGCUACAUUUCAAAACAUCUCUCGAAGGAAACUAGUGAUUCUGAGGGUCAAAAGAAACAGUUGCAAGAGGCCUUCGAUACGCACAUUGCCCAGUUCAUCUUACAUUCCUUAGUGCCCCUUGAAAUUGUAGAAAAUCCGUUUUUCAAUACCAUUUUCAAGUUUUUAAAUGUCUCUGAGAGAGGACUGUCUGUGCCCAGCAAGCAAGCCCUAGAGCGGCGUAUAGUCAGUUUCUACAAGAGAAACCUGAGAUUUAUCAAGGAAGAGCUUGAAAAAACUCAACAUGUAUGCAUUUCAACAGAUAUCUGGAGGUGCGGAAGAACCAGCUAUUUUGGUGUAGCAGUGCACUUUUUGAAUGAACAGAUGCAAAGAGAAUCAGCGGUUAUUGCUUGUGAAAAAUUCACAGGAAAACACUCAUACGACAAGCUUUCGGAAUGGCUCGCUGAAACACAAGGACUCUACGGGUUAACCAACAGCCAAAUUGUUGCUUCUAUGACCAAUAGCGGCUUCAACUAUGCGGAAGCAUUUCAGAAAUUGGGAGUUGAUCCAGGGAGUAUAAAAUUUGAAGGAAGGGAUGAUGGAGACACAGAAUCUGACGAAGCUCACCUAGAAGAGCUCCAGUUUGUUGAUAUAAAUGAGAUCAUCAAGAAAGGGCAGUUGUUCCUCCCAAACCGGUCAAGUUGCGCUGCUCAAACACUCAUCCUAUGUGCAUCUAUUGAUUUUGUUACAUGUUUGCAACAAUAUCCAAUUCUGAAACAAGUUCAUGAUAGGGUCAUGAAUAAAUGCAAUACACUUUGGCAAGCUGCAGGCAAAGUGAAAAAUGAAAAAACUUUUCAAAACAUAUUAGGUUUUGCACUUCCUCGGCCAGAUGAAAGGAGAUGGAACUCUUUAUAUGAUGCACUAAAGGCAAUUUACGGUUCACGAAACAAAAUAGAAGAACUAAUCCGAGAGCUUUCCAUCAAAAAAUCUUUCUGUGAAUCUGACUUCAAGUACAUAUCGGAAUUUUUAACUUGCACUAAACCACUCACUGUUGCGGUGGAGAUUAUCCAAUCCGAAAAUGAGUAUUACUAUGGAGUACUGUUCCCGACCAUACUUUCAUUGCAACGCAAAUUACAUGAAAUAGCAUCAAAAUCAUUGAUUUUUUGCGAGCCUCUCGCCAAGUCUUAUUUGAAUAGUGUCACCACCAGAUUCUCCAAAUUCAUUAAUUUCUCAUCAGCAGAAGCUGAACGUGCUGCUAUAGCCACAAUGAGCUAUCCUAGAUUUAAGAGAAAAUGGUUUGUAUAUGUUGAUGAGAAAUAUUAUGAGAGACUUACAUCUCUCUUAAGGAAAAAUGUAUUGGAAUACAUGAAUGUUAAUCCGAUUUACAGUGUGGACUCUAAGGAUGACGUGUGGUCCAAGGAUGACUUUUUUGACUUUGGGUCAUCAGCAUCCUCAAAACUAUCAAUUUAUUCCAAAGCGGAUGAUGAAAUUGCUCUAUUUUUCAAUGACACUGAUGAAGAUAUUACCAUGUUAAAUAGAUACGAAAACGUUAGGAAAGUCUUUGUAAAAUUUAAUACUCCUUUAGCCUCAUCUGCACCUGUAGAACAGCUAUUUCCAUUCACAACGCUGACCAAUUCUCCACAUGUUAAUCGGCUGUCGAAUGGAAUGUUCGAAAAGCGAGUAAUAUUGAGAGCCAAUUUACUGAAAAAGCGAAACUAGUAGAACAUAGCAACUCCUAAUUUGUCUCCAAGCAUGUUGUAAAGCUUGUCAUUGUAACAGUCAUUACAAAUGAAUUUAUCGUUCAAAUUUAUUUUCUAAGUUCUUUGAGGGCAAAGAAAUCGUAAGUCAACUACGUACGAUAGUAUAAAUUUUGUUUCUCUUCUUUAAAAAAAAAUCCGUAUAUUUUUGGAAGUGAUUUGAAAAAUAAUUGUUGUUUUUUCUUUCCCUUCUGUUUUGUUCGUUCAUUAUUUUUUUGUGUUUUUGAAAUUUUAUGACAAAGCCAUUUAGUUUAAGAUGAUAUUUGACUGAAGUUUUAACUGGAUCUCUCAUUUUUAUUCCACCAAAUUGUAUCAUUUGUAUCUACCUCAUCUUUCAAAAGCGUAUGAGCUCCUCUCUUUGAUGCAUGUAGUCUAGCAUCUGAUUGUAUUGUGUGCCAUCAACGAUUCUAUUUUCUGAGAGGUUUUUCUACAGUCAGCUGAGUUAGCAUAAGUGUAACCUUCUCUUUAAAAUUACUUGAAGCAUACUUUUUGUCAAUUCCAACUUCUUUACUACAAUACCAGUUAAAUUAGCUCAUUUGUUGAAAAGUUUUACCAUGUAGAAAAUAUAUAUUGUUCAACCAUGA